AUGCUAUCUCGCACAGCUCCCGAAUUUGACCGUGCUACCAAGCGUCAAUGUCUAAAAGACCGCAAUGUGCUUGCUAUUAAACCAUUGAUGCCACCCGCUUGUGUCCUGGAUGAACUACCCGUCUCCCCACAAGUGUUUGAUCUCGUAAACGCCACUCGCAUUGCUGUGUCUCGAAUUCUGCAUGGUCAGGAUGACCGUCUCGUGGCAGUUGUUGGCCCUUGCUCGAUUCAUGACAUUGAUGCAGCUCUGGACUAUGCGAAACGUCUUAAAACACUGGCCGACGAGCUCAAAGGUGAGCUAGUAGUCGUCAUGCGCACGUACUUUGAAAAGCCGCGCACCAUUGUUGGCUGGAAAGGGCUCAUUAAUGACCCUGACUUGGACGAAUCGUAUAAAAUCAAUAAGGGUCUGCGUAUUGCCCGUAAGCUCUUGCUGGAUGUCAAUGCACUGGGCCUUCCGGUAGGUCUAGAGUUUCUGGAUACGAUUUCGCCACAGUUUACGGCCGACUUGGUGUCGUGGGGAGCUAUUGGAGCCCGUACCACAGAGUCACAGUUGCAUCGGGAACUGACGAGUGGAUUAUCCAUGCCUGUCGGUUUUAAGAAUGGCACAGGAGGCGACUCAAAGGUGGCGGUUGACGCGACAAUGUCUUCAUCGCAGUCCCAUAAUUUUCUUGGCCUGGAUGAACACGGCAUUGCAUCCAUUGUUUGCACAAAAGGGAACAAAGAUUGUCACGUUAUUCUACGUGGUGGAUCGAGUGGACCGAAUUACCAAGAGGAAUUUAUUGAAGAAGCGGUGGAGAUGCUGGUCAAAGCCAAGCAACCGUCCAAGAUCAUGGUGGACUGCUCGCAUGGUAACUCGCGCAAACAACAUGCUGAUCAAGCUAAGGUGUCGAGCUACUUGGCAGGCAUUGUCGCGAAGGGAAAUACAAACCUGCUGGGUAUCAUGAUCGAGUCGAACAUUGUUGAAGGUAACCAGUCGAUCGGCGAUGAUCCGACCAAGCUCGUGUACGGCAAGAGCAUUACGGACGCAUGCAUCAACUGGGAAGACACGGUUGAAGUUCUAAAGGAGCUUGCGGAUGCUGUCAUCAAGCGGCGCGAGAAGCGCUGCCAUUAA